GUGGCUUGGUGUUGCUGUGGAGGUAAGCUGGUUUCUCUUACAAUGUUUAAUUACUUUAGGUAAUAAGGUUGGUUUGAAUAAAUGUCUUCUUUUUCAUAGGGUUUUUUAAGGCUCUGAAUUAAUUCCUGCUUGCUGUGGUAUUUGAGUAAAAUGAGGGAGUGUAUUUCCAUACAUAUUGGUCAAGCAGGUAUCCAGAUGGGUAACUCCUGCUGGGAGCUGUAUUGUUUGGAGCACAACUUCCAACCAGAUGGGACUGUUGUUGGUGAUGGCAGCACUUUGGCCGACUCCUCUUUUGGCACUUUCUUCAGUGAAACUGGUGCUGGGAAAUAUGUUCCUCGUGCAGUUUUCAUUGAUCUAGAGCCAACAGUCGUUGAUGAGAUCCGUAAUGGACACUAUCGACAGCUGUACCAUCCCGAGCAACUCAUCAGUGGCAAAGAGGAUGCUGCCAAUAAUUAUGCUCGAGGUCACUAUACCAUUGGCAAAGAGAUUGUAGACUCCGUGCUAGACCGGAUGCGCAAAAUGGCGGAUCAGUGCACUGGUCUUCAGGGGUUCCUGAUCUUCCACAGUUUUGGUGGUGGAACAGGCUCUGGUUUCACUUCUCUACUGAUGGAGCGACUGUCUGUUGACUAUGGUAAAAAGUCAAAGCUGGAGUUCUCUGUAUACCCAGCCCCGCAAGUCAGCACUGCUGUGGUGGAGCCCUACAACUCCAUCCUUACAACCCACACUACUCUGGAGCACUCCGACUGCUCAUUCAUGGUGGAUAACGAAGCCAUAUUUGACAUCUGUAAGCGGAACCUCGAUAUUGAACGCCCCUCCUACACCAACCUAAACCGGCUCAUCGCCCAGAUCGUGUCCUCCAUCACCGCAUCACUGCGCUUCGAUGGAGCCCUAAAUGUGGACCUUACGGAAUUCCAGACCAACCUGGUCCCAUACCCACGCAUCCACUUCCCGCUGGUCACCUACGCUCCUAUCAUUUCAGCCGAGAAGGCCUACCAUGAGCAGCUCUCCGUACCAGAAAUCACCAAUGCCUGCUUUGAGCCAGCAAACCAGAUGGUGAAGUGCGACCCUCGCCGUGGAAAGUACAUGGCCUGUUGUUUGCUGUACCGUGGUGAUGUGGUUCCUAAAGAUGUGAAUGCCGCCAUAGCCAACAUCAAGACACGUCGCUCCAUCCAGUUUGUAGACUGGUGUCCCACAGGGUUCAAGGUUGGCAUCAACUACCAGCCGCCCACCGUUGUCCCAGGAGGGGAUCUGGCCAAGGUGCAGAGGGCUGUCUGCAUGCUGAGCAACACCACUGCGAUUGCAGAGGCCUGGAGCCGCCUGGACCACAAGUUUGACCUGAUGUAUGCGAAGAGGGCUUUUGUGCACUGGUACGUGGGUGAAGGGAUGGAGGAAGGGGAGUUCUCUGAGGCCCGAGAGGACAUGGCUGCCCUGGAGAAGGACUACGAGGAGGUUGGUGCUGAUUCCACAGAGGACUGUGGGGAGGAUGAAGAGGAGUAUUGAGCAUUUAAAUCUAGGAGUAAAUAAACUUAAAAGCAUCUGAA